CCGCCUCCCGCCUCCCGCCUCCCGCCGCGCCAGGGCGCGUUAGCUCCGCGGCCGAGGAAGCUGCGUGGCCUUCGCGGGCGCCAGUCCCCAGGCUGCCCCCGCGGCUCUGCGCGGGACCCCGGACCCGAGGCAGGCGCGCGCCAGUCCCGGCGUUCCGCGAUCCUCCGGGCUCAGCGCUGCCUCGAGGGGCUCGGCGUGCGCGGCGCUCGCGUCCGGUGAUCGGUGCCGUCGCGGCGAGUCGGAUUCAGAUUUGUUUCAAGAGUUUACCUCCAAGGCUCCCGGAGGUGCAGCUCCUUCGAAGACAGACAGAUACAUCUUUGGAAGUUUCUUUGCUAGAAAAAUAUUCUUGCUCCAAGUUUAUAAUUGCUAUAGGAGGUAAUGCAGUAGCAUUUUUGUCAUCAUUUGUUAUGAAUUCAGGAGUCUGGGAAGAAGUUGGUUGUGCUAAACUCUGGAAUGAAUGGUGUAGAACAACGGACAGUGCACAUCUAUCCCCCUCAGAGGCUUUUUGUGUGUUUUAUCAUCAAAAAUGCAAUCCUUCAGUUUUCCUUUGUCAGUGCAGUUGCUACGUGGCUGAAGAUCAACAGUAUCAGUGGCUCGAAAAGGUUUUUGGCUCUUGUCCAAGGAAGAACAUGCAGAUAACUAUUCUCACAUGUCGACAUGUUACCGACUAUAAAACCUCAGAAUCUACUGGCAGCCUUCCUUCUCCUUUCCUGAAAGCCCUAAAAACACAGAAUUUCAGAGGCCCUGUAUGCUGUUCAUUGCUAGAACAGCCGAAUAUUGUACAUGAUCUUCCCGCAGCAGUUCUCAGUUACUGCCAAGUAUGGAAGAUCCCUGCGGUUCUGUACUUGUGUUACACUGAUGUGAUGAAGUUAGACCUAAUUACGGUUGAAGCUUUUAAGCCUAUACUUUCUUCCAGAAGCUUGAAAGGUUUGGUUAAGAAUAUUCCCCAGAGUGCAGAAAUCCUGAAGAAAUUGAUGACAGCAAAUGAGAUUCAGAGUAAUAUUUACACAUGACACCAAAGAAUGUUUUGUAAUGUAUGUUACCUGUUUGUUCCUUUAUGGGGAUCAGUGUGCACUGUUUUGUAGGUUACUUCUUUGGGGGUGGGUGGGGUUUAUUUUGAGCGUACAAAACAGAAUAAACUUGUAAAAA